AUUCAAAAUGGAUCGCAAAUUUCCUUAAUUAACCUAGCAUAAGUCGUAAUACAGAUUAUAUCAGUGUAGGAGUAAUCAGAUCGGAAGUCAUAAGUUGAAUCGGAUAUAAAAUGCAAAUAUAAUAUAUAAAUAUAAAAUCCAAUCAAUCAAGUGGUAGUGGUAGUGGUAGUCUAUGAAGGUGAACAUGAAAAUAUGGAAGUAGAUAAUACAGAUGAUUUAGAAACGUCUCAAUCUCAGAAUAAUGAAAGCGUAUCAGAAGAGAGCACAACAAAUUUAGAUGAGCCUGAAACUUCAAAUCCUAUUACAACUAAAUAUAUUGUUGAGAAUGGAAAUGUGAGAAAAAUAUCAGAAGAAGAAGCUUCCGAAACAGCAGAUUUAUCAUCUAUAAUUGAAGUACACUGCUGUUCAAAUUGUAAAUUGCAGUUUCCAAAUUUGAACCACUUUUUGAAACACAAAUGUAAUAAUGCCAAACAUAUUAAAAAAUCUAAUAAAAAAUUACCUAAGGUUAAAGAGACACUCAGUUACCAGUGUACAUUUUGCCAAGCGAUUUACGCAAGUUUGAUUGCACUCGAAUCAAGUGGUCUGUGGUACCUUUUAAAAAAUGGUGGAUAAGCGAAACGGUUCAUCGUUCAUUAACUGAAUCUUCGUUAAAAAAAAUCUUAAAUACUACAGAAGAUGAAAAAAAAAGCUAGAAAACUUAAAUUAAACGUCGAACGUUGUCGAGCCUAUAGAAAUCGCAAUAAAAUUGCUAAAGUUUUAUCAGUAACUACAAUCGGUACUUCUUUUUCGACCUUGGAAGAUUUUGAAGGACCAUCAGAGACAACAGGAAAUAUAAAUCAGGAAGGUAAGUAAUAAUACCUAAUAUGAAUAUGGUUAAUAAAUAUUACCGUGACUUACCACUGGUGUAUAUACGGAU